UUAUAAUAACUAUAUCAAAUUUUUAUCUUACAGGUACGGCUUAGGUAGUCUUUUGGAGGUGGUAUGUCAGAUAUGCUCUGGUAUGAAACUGAUAUCUACAGGCAAGCGGAAUGAGAAAGGAGCAUUUGAUAUUAACUCAAAAGUCGCUCUUGCAAUGAUGCACUCUGGAAUGGGUCCUGAUCAUGUUGUGAAUUUUCUCAGCACAUGCAACAUACCCCCACCUGAUCCUAAGACACUGAAAAAGAAGGAGAAAUGCAUAGCAUUGUCACUUAUUGAUGAGGCAUCUGAUUCCUGCAAAACUGCUAGUGCAGAAGAAAAAGCUAUUUCUCCAACUAAUGAAUUGGAAUGCAGUUUUGACGCUGGUUGGCAAACAAGAGGCUCUGGUUGGCAAUAUAACAGUAACACAGGACAUUCCAGUCUAGUUGGUGUAAAGACUGGUAAAGUUCUAGACUAUGAUGUAAGAAGUAAACUAUGCAGUAUAUGCCAGCAUCAUUUGGGAAGAAAGGAAACAGUUCCAAAUCAUCAAUGCAACAGUAAUUGGCAUGGAUCAAGUAAAGCCAUGGAGCCUGACAUGGCUUUAUCAAUGGUUACUAGGAUGGACAACAGAGGGUGCACAGUCGGCAUAAUUCACACAGACAAUGACUCUACAACAUCAUCAAGGCUAAAGCAAAAGUUUGCAAACAUAAAAAAAAGAGACGACAAAAACCAUGUCAAGAAAAAUCUGUCGAAACAACUGUAUGCAGCAGCAAAUAAGUACAAAGAGCUGAAGGGGAAAGGAGUCAUUCCAUACAUACUUAGAUGUUAUAUGUAUGCCAUAAGUUCAAACCAGUCAAAGGAGAAUGAUCUUUGUGAAAGAUUAGACAGUAUAGUUCCUCGCCUAUUUGGAGACCAUUCAGGCUGUUCUGGGGAUUGGUGCACAUAUUCCAAGCAACCAGAAACUUACAGAUAUAAACAUCUCCCAAAAGGUGAACCAUUGUCAAAUGAAAACCUGCGUAAGCAAUUAGAGACAAUGACAGAAAAUUACAAGAAAAGAUCAAGCCAACUUGUAGAUUUAGGCUCAACACAGAGCAAUGAAAAUUUCAACAAUAUAGUGGCAAGCAAGGCUCCAAAAAAUAGAUCAUAUGGUGGAACCAGCUCAUUAAAAGCAAGAGUUUCAGCUGCAGUUCUUCAGAAGAAUGAAGGUUAUACCUGGGUUAACAAGGUUAACAAGAAAGCAUUGUUGUCACCAGGCACAAUCUCUGUAAGAGUUGGACAGAGGAUUGACAGAAAGAGACUCUGGCAAAAGAAGAAUAGCUCCUCAGUUCUUUUCAAACGUGACAGAUUUAAAAGAAAGAAUAAGAAAACCUUUCAACAAAUUAAGGCAGCUGUUAUAGAAAGAGAAACAUAUCAACCACAAAUUGAAGAAAAUGUGUCGGUAAGAGACAUUGAAAAAAUUCCAACAAAAUAUUCUUUGGAAGGCAUAGACAAUUAUGUUGUUUUUGAUUUAGAAACAACUGGGUUAUCAAGAACCUCGGAUAUUACACAAAUAUCAGCAUAUGAUGGGACAAACAUGCUUAAUCUUUAUGUGUCUCCACGACAAUUUAUUUCAUCACAGGCCAGUGAUGUUACCUGUAUUACUUUCUCUUUUGAAAGAAACCAAAUGUAUUGCCAUGGUGUUCCAGUUGAAAGUGUUUGUAUAAGAACAGCCUUACUUCAACUAAUUGAAAUGAUACAGAAAAAAUCUCGUCCUGUGCUUGUUGGUCAUAACAUCCAUUCAUAUGAUGUUCCUGUACUAAGAAAUUUGUUGCACGAGUUUAAUCUGCUGAGUUCUUUUGAUGACCUAAUUUAUGGAUGCAUUGACACUUUGAAAAUUGCAAAACGUGAAAUACCAAAAGCUGAUGUUCUAAAUUAUAAGCAGCAAACAUUAGUUCAAAAGUUUCUGGAGAUUGUUUAUGAUGCUCAUAAUUCUGAGGAGGAUGUUAGAAGUUUAUACAAACUGUUCCAUCUGAAGCUGAAACAGGCAUGUUCUGGAAAGGAUUUAUUUCCAUUUAAUUAUUGGUCAAUUGUAGAGGGUUUUUCUAGUGUCAUUGUUAAAAAGAUUAUUUCUAAAGACACUGCAAGGAAACUUUCCUGCACAGGUCUCAAUCUUCAUCACCUGGAACUUGCUUACAAAAGAAACAAUGACGAUGGCGUAAAAUCCAUCAUGCAGGAACAUGGUUUGAAAGGGAAAACAGCAAAUGUAUUCAAGAAGUUUUUUUCUGAAAAAGAGGAAUAG